CAAUAGUUCCGUAAUGCUGUAUUAAGGAGCUAUAAAUUGUCUUUUAUGUCAAAAUUUCCUACUCAGUGGUGCUUAAUCAUUAAAGGAAACUAGCAAUGGAGUCAAGUAAAAAAAAUACUUUGCGUCGCCCUAUGACAGUCAUAAAAAAAAGAUCUGGUCCCUUAGACGACGUACUCGUUGAGGUUAACCGACUUGAAGGUACCAUAAUGCCUCAAACAGUGAGUCAAGCGAACAAUGAAAGCAAUUAUACAGGUGCGGGAAAUACGCAAGAGACUUCAAAUGAUUGUGUGGCGGAAAUAGAAAGAGAACUAUCUGUGAACUCGCGGCGUCGCUCACAGGUUAGGGAUAAGGAUAGAGACAAAGAAAAAAAACGAGAGCGUUGGCUCUUAACACGAAAAACAUGGAGAUAUAUGACUGAUGCUGGACGAAAAUUGAUACCCGAUGGACUGCAUCAUGGUUCGGAGAACAUUCCGAUUAUCGAGGCGCAAUUCCAGCGUGUGUGCGCUUCAGAGCCUCGAUUCAUAUUAUGGCGCCGGAAGACUUCCUUUCCUGGAGCCAGCAAAGGUUGUCGGAGACGUAUCAAGUUACUUCCACGAAAUCGCAACAACCAGCCGACUGCUUCCUCUCUAGUACAAAUUCAAUGCGAGAGCGAGAAUAUCGACCACACUAUUGAGCUUUUACAGACAUACCUCAAAAUUCACGAACCUUAUAAGACUACAGCGCUGUUGGGAACGAAGACAAUUCGGCCGGAUCAAACAAUGUCACCAAGCUCGCGCCGUCCACUUAUUAGUAACAGUCCAACAUCAAAUGAAUUGGAAUUAAGGGACAAAAAUUGCGUAUCACAACUUAUGGAGUGCUUGAAUAUACUAUGUAAAAACUCAACACUUAAUGGCUUAGAAAUGGUUGAUAUAACACCCUCAGUUCUUGAAGAUAAAGCAUAUUUACGAAAAGUCUACAAUAUGUUAAAAAAGCAGCAAUUGCAUCGACUUUUACAUUCCUCCGAACCAAAAAGAUCUGGUUUCGGACGUGCUGCGUCAUUUUCAAACUUAUUUAGUUAUACAAGCAGUUCGAGCAAGAGAAGAGAUAUCCCCAAAAAUGAUCUGGUAUCUAAAAAUAUUAAAAGUUUAUUGAAGUCUGAUACACAAACAGCCUUGACUGCAACAUUGAAACGCCAAAAACAACCUCCCAAUUCCCUUGAAUUCAUUUGUAAUGCCAAUCGUAUUACCUGCGAUCUAAAUGCGAUUAUAAGAAAGCCAACAGCAAUUAUUGAAAAAAACUUUAAUUCGUGUGGAACGCAGACAAGCUUUAUUCAAUUGGGUGAAUUGAAACAAAUCGCGAGUCAAUACGAAUAUAUGCUAGAAAACAGUAAUAAUUUGGCAGUUGCUGAGGACCCGGAAAAAAAUGCUAAUCGGCGAAAGAGCUCAAUAGACAAUGAGGAUGUUUCACAGUCAGUGAGUGAUACAAUUAAGCGCUAUUUACGUAUGGCUCGGAAAAAAAGUGUUCAUGAUGGGGACGCAAAUCGAUUUAAAUCAGUAAAUUAUGAUAGAAAUUUGCGCAACAUUAAAGCAAAGGGUGAAAUAAACCCACCCGGAAUGGACGAGUAUAAUAACAAAGCAGCUCAAACUUUAGAUGCUUGGGCCCUCAUUGCGCUUGACCACAUUCGUGGCAACGAAUAUUCAAACAUCUUAGAAAAUGCUCAUCUUGAUUGGCAAAGAGACCUUGAUGAGCGUCUAAAGAAAAAAAUUGAGUGGGAAAAAAUGAUAAAGAAUGUUGAUACCAACAGCAGGCAUAACGACAGUAUUGACGCUAUAAGAUCAAAAAAAGACACGGAAUACUCAUGUACAGCAUCAGCUCCUACUUCACCAACAAAUGUGGUUAAUUAUGCUCCGAAAGAAAAAGCUGUAAGAACCGCCAGUGCUUUACUGUCAUCAGGCUCACAGUUUUUCUCUAAUUUGUUGCAUGCUAAUUUACCUGAAUCUUCAAGUAACCCGAAUUUAAAAAAUGACAAAAUUAGUGAUGUAUGCACGACUUUCAAAAAUGAAACAACCAACAUGCAAAAGUCAAAAUCUUUAUCUAAUGUCGGGCAGUUCGUAUCAAGAAAGAUAUGGGGGAGUAGAACAAAAUGUCAAAGCCGACAAUCCUUGAGCCAGGAAUUUAUGCCUCCAUCACAUAAGUGGACUCCAUCAGAUAACUGUACUUGGGUUUCGGAGCACGGAGAAACUCUACACUUAGCAGAUACCUCCUUAGAAAAACUAUCCGAUACUGAAGCAGAAAUCCUUACGCACAUUGCCCUUAAAAAAAUAAAAGAGCUUAAUAUCGGAAGUGAUAUAGAACUAACAACAAAAUCUAACAAACGAAAAAUUAUACCAAAGAAAAGAGCUUUGACGACCGGAUUCUUUGAUAUUGGAUUGAAUGACUACAUGUAUAUUCCCUUUCUUGCUCAGGCGGCGUAA